ACGUCAAUGUUCCAUCCUAUGGCUAGUGUGUAUAUAUAAGCGCUUCAAUGUCCGCCUAUAUAGGAUUUCAGGGCAAUGUCGUCUCUUAGCCGCAGUUGUGACCAGGCCGCUGACAUGGCGACACACUGACAGCCGAAACACGGAGGAGCCCGAGGACAACGCCGCGAUGGCGGGCACCUUUGGCCGCAAAGGCUGCCAGCAAGUUCGCGGUCCGCAGCUGAGACAUAUUCUGGAGGCCAAGGAGUUCUUCCUCUUCGACUGCGACGGGGUCAUGUGGCACGGCGAGAAGGCCAUCCCGGGCGCCACCACCGUGGUCCAGUCGCUCAUGAGGCGGGGCAAACACGUCGUGUUCGUCACCAACAAUUCCACCCGGCCGCGCGACAAAUACGUCCACAAGUUCUAUCGCCUGGGCUUCACCGACGUCACGCUGGAGCAGAUCUUCAGCUCGUCCUACUGCUCGGCCCUCUACCUGCGGGACGUGGUCAAGCUCCGAGGCCGGGUGUUCGUCAUCGGCUGCGACGGGCUUCGCGCCGAGCUCCAGGAGGCGGGAGUCCCCUGCGUGGAGGAGGCGGACGAGCCGGACGCUACCAUUUACAACUGCACCCUGGCCCCGGACGUGAAGGCGGUGCUGGUGGGCCACGACGACCAACUGACUUUCCUCAAGCUGGCCAAGGCGUCGUGUUUCCUAAAGGACCCGGAAUGCUUGUUCCUGGCCACCGACAACGACCCUUGGCACCCGCUGUCGAGCGGGCGGAUACUCCCAGGUUCCGGCUCCCUCAUGGCAGCCCUGGAGGUGGCCUCUGGUCGCAAGGCCACCGUGAUCGGCAAGCCCAGUCGCUUCAUGUUCGAGUGCAUCUCCAGCCAGAUCCGGGGGGUGGACCCGGCCCAGUGCCUAAUGGUGGGCGACCGCCUGGAGACGGACAUGCUGUUUGGUUCCAACUGCGGCCUGGACACCAUGCUGACCCUCACCGGGGUGUCUCAGAUGGAGGAUGCCCAUCAGUACAGAAAUAGUGAGGUGUCAUCCAAUCACAGCCUGGUACCAGACUACGUGGUGGACACCAUUGCUGACUUCUUGCCUGCUUUUGAAGAACUGGAGGAGAGCAAUUGAUCGCUUCUAUUAGAUUGCAAGUGCGGCACAAAGUCACAAACUAACUUACCAAUAAGUCCAAGCAUAUUCAGAAUUUUAAGUGUUGUGCCCAUUUGUGAUUGAAUGUUAGUUUUUUUAACUGCACUUUCUUGUUCAUGAGCUUUGUGUGUUUGGUCCUGGCUCUGGAUGAGGUGUUUUGUAAAAGCAUGACCUAAGCUACAAGGCAGAUAUGAACAGACCAAUCCUUAUCGCACAUUAUAUACUGUGACUGUAUAUAUUACAAUGAUACCCAUUCGACAGUCUGUCUCACAUCUGCGCUACAUGUGCCAAUAAUGAAAAUGUUAUUUUCUCAUAGUGGUCCAGUGUUUUAACGCCGACAUCUUACUUACUUCAACGGACCACACAGCAAUUAUUUGCAUCAGUCUAUUAAAGCAGAGGAAAUACUGUAUUCAUAUUUAUGAUGUGCAACCUGCAGUUUUGUUAGAAAGCCUGUCACAUUUGAUGAUGAAUGAUCUUAAUCACACUGUAGUGAACAUCAGUGUUAGCAUAGCGAGCAUGUUGGUAACAAUAAAUAACUGCAGUCUGU